ACGCCGAGACUGUCCUUCUUGGCCCCCCGUCGUGAUGUCGCAGCAGCAUGGCGCGCUCUCAGGUCGCGUGCUCACUCAAAACAAACAGUUAGGAUGUGUUUGAAUGGGACGUAAAGGUUGUGCAGCUCGAGAGUAAUGGAUUUGAACGAAGGGUCCGCGCUCGGCGUCUUCACCUGCGAGCUGUGUGAACUGUGCAGUCCUUACAGCUUCUACGGCCAGAAGCCGCCGAACACCAGAGCAAUAGUGCUCUUGGAGGAAUGUUACGGCAUGAAGGAUCCCUUCAGCCCAGAGAGAGAAAAGUUUCUGGUUUUAGGAUCCAAGUGCUGUCUGUGCAGUAAGACGGUGUGUGUGGGAACGGACUGCAGUCUGUUCUACACCAAGCGCUUUUGUUUGCCUUGUGUGCGGGGUCACCUUCAGCAGUUUCCAGAAGAGGUUCAGAACGAGGUGCUGAGGAAGAAGAGUGUCCAGAAGAUGUCCUCUUCAUGAUGCUAGAAUGAUUUAGUCAGGACACUAGUGAGCCAUCUGGCCAGACACACAAUAUUAACCUUUUUUUUUUCUUGCACAACUGGAGGCAGCAGAACAUGUUUUGAUUAAAAUCAUGUGUUUGCUGUCGUUUACUGUGAUGAGUUUUACAAACGAGUUUUAUGAUAGUGGUAAAUGCAUUGUGUUGCAUGUAGGAACUAUAAAAUAAAUUAUAUUUAUGUGUAUGUUUGUGAUUAUUUGAUGACUGAAAGAUAAAUGACUGAUAUAUGAAUGUCUGAUGUAGGUGAGCCUCGAACCAGUUGUUGGAGUGCAAACCUGUUGUGAGCAUGCGCAUGCAAACGCUACCUCUACACCACACCUCCAGACCUGCCGCUUUAUAAAUCAUUCCAGCCAUUAGUUGCAAAAACCACAGGUAAGUAGUG